GGUAUUCUACGCCUAUGUUACAACAAGAACAACUCUUUUCUUUGAGUGUGUCUUUGAGUGAACCUACCCUGGUAUGCAAUAAGUUGUGUCAGGGGUUAGGUCUUAAGAGUUCUUGUAUCAGAAUAACUGUAAAUACAUUAAAAUAGAAAACAAGGUGGCGUAUGUGGGAGAAACAAUAUCAUAUGGAGCAUAACCAGCAAGUUUGUGUUUCAUAGAUCUGAAAUACCUGAUCGAUACUUUGAAGACUGUGCUUAUAUUCGUGAACACUAGACUUAUUAAUGGUGAUUCCAUAGCAAAUGAAUAUUUGCAUGCUGCAGUUAUGUGCUUCCAUUGUGAAAACAUAAUUGUUUUAUGGUGAUAAUAUGUCAAAAUCAAGCAUAAGGAAAAUAACGGUUGACCCUACGAAAUGUAAUACAGACUCUCGUCGACCAAGUGUGUUUGAGAGGUUGGGGACCAAACCAGCAGUUACUGCCGGCCAAAAUUCAUCGGAUUACUGUAGAAACUGGGCAUUGAAUGGCAGUUGUUCGUAUGGAAAGAAUUGCAAAUAUGCAAAUACUCACACAUUAAUAAGUCCAUCCAAGCGUGCCAAGAAGGAUAAUGCAAUUGCAAGUACAACGGGACUUAUUGAGGAUCCGUUUAAAAGGCUUACUUCUAAGAUCGUAAAAAAGGCGUCGCAUAGUCCUGAUUUAAAUCUUGAAGAGUGGAAUCAAACAGAUUUAGAAUACGAGGACGAGAAAGUACUAGAAAGGCGUAGACAGCUGUUACAGCGUGAAUUAGAGUUACAAAUGAAGAAAGAUAAAGAAGUUCAUGGAAAAGACAAAGUGAGACAGAAGAAAAAGGCAAUGACUUCUUCCUCUAGUUCUCAUACUUCAAGCACAUCUAGUAGUAGUAGCAGUUCUAGCAGCGAAGAUUCAUCUUCUAGUUCGACGUCUGACUCACGGAAGAAGGUUAAAAAAAUUAAAUCUAAGCGGCAUCACAGCGGAUCUACAGAUUAUGAUGAGGAUAAAGAAAGAAGACGAAAAUUGAAAUUGAAAAGACUCGGCACCAAGAAUGACAAGCCUGCAGUCAAGAAGAAGCGGAAGCUGGAAAGUAGUUUGACGAAAAAGGAAGUUGGCAAUAGGUCGGCUAAAAAGUAUACCUCAACUUCUACAUCAAGAAAACAUUCUUCCACUCCCCGUACAAGAUCACCAGCGAUACAAGUACCUGCAACAGUUGCACCCACAGCAGCAGUGGUAUUAGGCUCUUCGGUAUCUGUGCCUCAUCAUGCAGCAUCCAAUAAAGUUAGGGAACGAAAUAGAACAGAAUCUCCAAAAGCACCCAAAGCUAGAGAUGUGGAAAAAGAGGACAGGCAUUACAAGAAAGUACGAGAUGUAGACGAAGUGCCUAAAGAAAGCAAUAAGAAUAAAUCUUUCGAUAAAGCUAAAGAGCCGGAGAAGGAGAAAAAUCGUACAAUAGAUGAGAAACUAAAAAUCGAUGAAAGGGUAAAAGCAAAAUGUAAAGAGAAGGAAUUACGCUCCAGGACACCGCCGACGACUGAAAGAUCAAAACAUCAACACUCUAAAGAGACAGUGUCAACGAAAGCUCGUCGUAGUCGUACACCCGAGAAAUCAUCGAGAUCGAAACGGGAACCUUCCCCAUCGAAGACUCAAGACAGACAGAUAUCCGCAAAUCGAUCAAGAGACGUGGAGAAAAAAGAUCGUGAAUCUCACAAGAGUGAUAAGACCAAGGACAGGGAGGACAUUAGAAAGACUGAGCAGAGUAGCAGAACUAGACAAGUGGCGGCGAGUCAAGAAGAGAGUCACAGACGAAUUGGGAAGGAAUUUGAUGAAAAAGCUUACGUGGGUGAUAAAACACGACAGAAAAGUAGAGAACGACGUGACAAAGACCAUCCAAGGGAUGAACGUGGCCAUUCGAGGCUUGGCCGGGAUCAACGAGAUCCGCGUGAUAAAGACAAAGAGGAUCUGCAAGAACGUUGUCGCGAACGACAACGAGAAAGAGAUCGUGAUCGUGACAGAGAUCGAGAACGCGAUCGUGAUCGGGAGAGGGACCGAGAUCGUGAUCGUGAUAGGGAUCGGGAUCGCGAUCGAGACCGAGACCGAGAUCGUGACCGUGAUCGUGAUCGAGAUCGAGACCGUGAUCGAGAGAAAGAUCCAUUGAAAGCUAGGGACAGAGAUGUUCAACCAUUGGUUCCGACAUCAAUAAGUAUAGCUGUAGACAAGAACUCACGUUAUAGCCGGGACAAAGAACGAAUAGUGGGAAAAGAUAGUGCCUUUGAGAAGAACGGUACCCGGGAACGUAGGAGCGACAGGGAGAGGGAACGAUCUGAAACGAAAGCGCUAUCGGAUCGAGACAGGACAUCAUCGCAACGAAUUGAUGGUAGAUACGAUAGAACCGCCGUUGAUAAAGAUGCGCCUGCUCGCAAGGCCGGUGUAAAUUCUCCGAGAGAUCGUUUCCCACGCGAGAGAUCAUUAGAUAGAACAUCUUUACUGGAUAAGACUGUACAUACUGCACAACCUCCAUCACAAGCACCUUCUUUACCACCGGUACAAACUUCUAUAGCAUCCUCAUCGUCUUCAUCCGCGCCAGCAACAUUGUCAACAUCACGAGACAACUUAAUCGACAGGAUAGAUGGACAUUAUGACCGAGAAAGGCAUAGACGAUUUGGUGCAAGACGGGAAACCAGCCCGCGUCGAACUAUUGAAAUUGAUAGGAACUACAACAGGAAUUACGGACGGUUGUCCGAGCACUGGGAUGAACAAGAGGAAGCCACUACGCACUUAGAUUACCGCGAACAUCAUGUUCACGAGGAUGAGAGGAGGAAACCUGUUGACGGAAGAAGGUACGAUAGUCCGUUUGAAGAAAGACGAGGGAUUCGCGAAGAAAGAUCUCGAGAAUCUAGAUACGUUGUUCAGACUGCGGACAGAACAUCUUUCGAAGAUCAUCGACAUCAUCAUCAUCAUCAUAGGCAUCCGCUGUACCCUGGAGAAAAGUUGAGAAGUAAUACAUCGAUUCGUGACGAAAAUGUUCCCAAUGAUGAUUGGGAUAAUCAUCACAGAGACGUGGAACAUGGCCGAGAACGAACUUACGGGCCCGUUGAUUGGGAGGAAAGAGAAUGGCGAGUAAGAGCAUUGUGGGACAGCAGAGAUAGUCUUCCUCGUUCGGAAGUUCAUGAUGAAGAUUGGAAUUCUCGGUACGAUAAUUCUAUCACGGACUGGAAGUCAAAUGACGCACGAAAAUGGGAUAAUCAAUCCGUGCAUAUACGUAGCCAUUACAGAAACGAUCGUUCAAAAGAGAUAGAAAUGGGAGAGUCCACAUCUCACAACAAAAGGAGAAACUAUAAUAAUUCAGAAACUAGGGAUGAAUGUACAGUUCAUACCUCUAAACAAGCAUCUCUAUACGGUAGCAUGAAAGAGGAACCUAUUAAUAAAAAGUUAAUGGAACUGGCAGAAGGUAAACUAUCUACGACUCGAGAGAAGUCUACAGAUAGUUUCCCGAAAAAGGUUUUAUUAAAAGAAAAACCUGAGACUAAAGAAACCGUCACUACUGAGCCAAAGCGUUCUUGCAUCGAUGAGUCUUUGCAAACACUUCAUACUGAAAGUGAUCUCAGUGAUAUUAGUGAUGAUCCAGAUGAUAUACUAAACAUGGAAGAUAUUACAGAUGUCGAAACAAAUAAGACGCGCUCGAAGAAAACCCCUGACACAACGCAACGCGAUGCACAGUCAACGACUCAAGAAACAGCACCGUCAUCUCCAAAGGAGACAAUAGAGGAAUCUGUAUUUAAUUCUAAAGGAAAAGAUAAUACCGAUACAAUGUCAUUUAGGAAUCUGGAAGAUGAGAAUAUGGAAACUAUGGACUUUGAAGAAAUUUCUGACGGUGAACUAGAAGAGGAUAUUAAAACAAGUGGUAAAGGUUUAGGGGAUGCUUUGGGAGUUGAUUGGGAGAGUCUAGUGAAAGAAACGCAGCCACGAAGACCCGCGACGUGUAAUCAAAAUGCCGAAAAUCGUUGGCAGUGUAAGGCGAUUCUUCAUAGAAUUGGUAUAUCUGGCAAAUACGGUGGUGAAGAUUUAAUGAAGAAAUUGACAAAGAAAUAUGGGAAAAAUGAUCAUUCAGAAUUUUUCCUUCACAAUGUUGCGUUUAUGCACACGGCGCUUGCACGGAAUCGCUUGUUGCAUAACCUGAACAAUGAUAUGUUACCUGGGGUGGACGACUUUCUGUAUAAGAAUAGUAAUGUAAAUACCGAAGAGGAUGUGGAUUACGAUUUAGAAGUUUUGAGACCUUGUACAGCUUUAUACGAAGAGGCAAAAUGCUUAUUGCAACAAGUUGUAUGAAAAAAGCGUUUAUUUGUAGGACAUGACUCCCAAAAUUGCACAUUGUUGCUAUUUAAAAUAGUACAGCAUAAGGCAAAAGUGUCAUCAGUGGCAUCAGUUUGUUACAUGUUAAAUUGGUGCAGUUAAUAUUUACUGCAACCAGUUCAACCUUCAGUGGUGCAAUCUAGGAAAGAAUUAAAUUGAUACAAUUUUUUUUUUAGUACUUAGCUCUUCGAUCAUCUUAAUUAAAUGUCUUUUGUAUAUUAUUCAAAUUUUAUAACAUAUUCUUUAUGUGAAUUAUAAUUGCAAAGAUUGAUUAUAACAGAGUGACUAGAUUGGAAGAAUGUGGAACAUACAUUACCAAAAAACGUUAUAUCACAUUUUAUAUCAUAUCUUUUUUUAUAAAUUGCAAAAAAAGAAUCAUUAUUAUAGAUACUUAAAUUUAAAAAUUUAUUACUAAACAUUUUGUGUGCUUAUACUAUUUCGAGAAGAUAUUUUCUUAAUAUUUUGAUAAUAUAUGUGAAUUAAAUGAUUUGAUCCACGUAUACAUAUAUAGCGACUGUACUUUUUACCUGGUCUUUUAUAAAUAGAGUUUUGUACACACUUAGGAGAUAUAUAUGUUAGAUAAUGUUUAUAGAUAAGUAUUAACUUUCAAUAUCAAGAGAUAAUUAUUUUCCUUUGUUAUAAAAUGUCUAUAUUCUUUAUAUUACUUUUAAUGGAACAAUUAACAUUGUUUAAAAUACUUUUUAUCACACUCGAAGUUAACAGCAGCCACAACAUCAUUUUGCAAUAUGGUCAUUGCAUCCUCCAAUAGACGCUCGUUUUCAUCAUUCUAAGAAAAAGUACAUGAUGUAAAUAUGAGAAUUAGCGACGCAGUAUAAAUAAAUAAAUAAUAUAAACACCUGUAUAGAAAA